AUGUCAGCCGCAUCACUAUUGAGAAAUCGCUCUCAAGCUUUCGGUGGCCCACAAAAGUUGCAUGUAAUCUGUCAUCAUGUUGGCCACGAGAAAAUCGAUCAUGGAAUCCUCUUGAAAAGCGAUCGCGAUUUUAUCACCCAUCCAAAUGUUUUUCUUGUCGAAGUUGGACCGAACAAAUCUGAUUACGAGAAUGAGAACGCAGAAGUGGAGAAUAUUCGUUUUCAAGUGAGAUUGCUCGGCACCGAGCAUCGAUCGCACGAGAAAGCCGUUCAUUUGACGAUACCAGAAGUGGUGCAUUUGAGAAAUCAGAGUGGCUCCUUCGCGGUGCUCGUCGAUUUCGAUUUGACGCUAGAUGUGGAAAGGGAUCCGAUUUGUGGAUUUAUUGAAGCCCGCGAAGAAAAAGAGAUCCUAUUCCGAGUGCCGCUUUUGAUCGUCCCGCCAAAAGACGGAGACCAUUUACGAGCAAUGGCUGAUGAUGAAAGAGUGAAAUCAAAAACGAAAUUCUACAUUGACGAGGAAUGGGAUGGAAAAGAGAGAAAACUGAACAAUCCCAAUUUCUGGGAUGUUCUCGAGGAUGCGAUUUUGAUGAACGCACAAUUUGUGACGCUCAGUGAUUCAAGAAUUCUUCGCCUUCCAACGAUCACUGAAUCGAUGAUCUCACAUGCUUUGAGCGCUCACCAGAUUGGACAUCACCAUGAGAAACACGAGUUUCAUCGAGUUCGCUCAGCUGAACGACUUGCCGAAAAAGAGCACAAAAUCCACGUGAGCUGCCAGAAAUGUGGACAAAAAGCCGCUCGAAUUGCCUCGAUUUGCAACUUUUGCCAAAAUGUAUUGAAAAAAAUCGCC